UUUCUUUAUAGAAAAUAUGUGUAUAUCUGAUUAGUAGAUCAAUGAGAAUUUUGUUGAACAAAUAGAAUAAGGCUUUUUUGAAAAUAGGAUUAAUUAUCUUGAAAAAAAUGACUUGAAAUCUGAAUUCCUUGUUGAACAAUUGGAAACUGGUUUUUUCAACAAUUGGAGUAAUUAUCUUGUAAAUAAUGGCUUAUAAUGUUAUUAAAGCCUUUUUGAGAAAUUAGAAACUGGCUUUUUAAAUAAUUGGACUAAUUAUCUUGAAAAAAAUGGCUUUUAAUGUGAAAACCUUUUGAAAUAAAUAAAAACUGGUUUUUUCGAUAAUUGGAUUAAUUAUCUUGGAAAAAUAGAAUUUUAAUCUGAAGACCUUGUCAAACAAUUAUAAAAUGAUUUUUUUAACAAUUGGACUAACUAUCUUGAAAAAAAUGGGUUUUAAUGCCAACCUAACUUUCAAUAACAAUCAAUUCUGUAAUAAUAUCAAUAGUAUAGUUUACUUCAAAUUGAUUAUUAUGGAUUAGACAUAAUUUCUAGUAUUUCGAUUUGUUAUUUUUCCAAUUAUUUAAUUAUUUAAAAUUAUUAAUAAGAUAGUUAAACAGAAUGUGAACAAGAUUAUAAAUUUUCACCAAACAAAAGAUAAUGUGCUUAAUCUUGUAAUUGCUAAGAUUUAGCUAGCUUAUAAAAUAAUAAUUGUUAUAAUUGUAUGUAAAACUGCUCGUUAGAAUGUUUAAUGUGUAUUUAAGACAAAUGUUAAGCUUGUCUUGAGGGCUGGCAGUUAGUUGAUAAUAAAUGUUAGCAAAUUUGUGGAGAUAAUUAAAUAGCAUUAUAUUCGAACGAAUAAUGUGAUGAUGGAAAUCAGAUUAUUGACGAUGGGUGUAAUGAAUGUUAAUUUUUAUGUGGAUCAUUUUGUUAAUUUUGCGAUAAAGAAUUAAAUUGUAUCAUAUGUGAACCAAAUUUUAAAUUGUUAAACAGUUAAUGUCAACCAAUAUGCGGUGAUAAAAUAGCCAUAAGUGGAUUAGAGGAAUGCGACGAUGGGAAUGAUAUCUAAUAUGAUGGUUGUUUUGAAUGCUAAUUUUAAUGUAGUUAUGGCUGUAAAGUUUGUGAAUUUGGCAAAUGUUAAGAUAAAUGUAAAGUUGAAGAAGAAUUUAUAAAUGGUUAAUGUAUUCAAAAGGUUCAAACCAUUAAUCAAACUCAAGAUUAUUAAACUGAAUCAUAAUAAUAUGAAUAGAAAAUUGUAUUUUGUGAUGGGGAUCUUUGUCUCGAAUGUUAAUCAGAUUAUAUUUUGGAAAAUAAUAAGUGUUUCUCAUGUGGAAAUGGAAUUUAGAAUCAAGACGAAGAAUGCGAUGAUGGAAACAGAAUCAAUUCUGAUGGAUGUUCAAAUUAAUGUAAAAUUGAAGAGAAUUGGAAUUGCAUCAACUCCUUUUCAUUUUUUAGUUUAUGUUUUCCUACUACUAAAAUUUCUGUUGUAUUCUUGAAUUCAACUCUUAACAUACAAUAUGUUAAAUUAUCAUAUACUAAAGAAAUUUUAAUCUUAAUUCAAUUAAUAUUGAACCUACUUAUUAUAAUAUCAGUAUUUUUCCUGUAAUUGAAAUAGUCUCAAAUGAGACUCGGAAUAUCAAUUAUGAAUUAAAAAUUUAAAUUAACUAAUAACCUGUCAUAAAAUCCAAUUUUGGAAGUUAACGUCGAUCUUAUUUUGUUGGAUGAAAACGAUUUACCAGUACAACCAUCGUCAUAAUAAAUUGAAUUAAGUGCCCCUUUAGUUUUAAAUCAAGCAUAAGUAGAAGUUUCUCAGAAUUUCUAAAAAUUUGGUUACAAUAUUAUGCUUGCAUUAGGAAGUUUCGCUAUUUUUGCAUUCCUUCUUGGUUCUCCCUAAUAAUUUUUAGAAAUAUUAGAUACAUUAUAAUUUUACUCAUAUUUGAAGUUUAUAAAUGUAGAAUAUCCAGAAAAUCUUUAGAUUUAUUUUUAGUCAUCUGAAUUGAUAUCAGUGGAUCCAAUUUUAUAAUUUCUGGAAGUUAAAGAGUAAUUUUGA